AUGGCGGAAACCGCUGAGCAGUCGAAGAGUGCGCUGAAGAAGGCCCAAAAGGAGGCCAACAAGGCCGCCGAGAAGGCAGCAAAGGCAGCAAAGAUGCAAGCAAAGCAGACUCUUCCUUCCGUUGGAGGCAAGAAGUCGGAAGAUAUCAUGGGUAUCACAGCCAAGAAAACCGAAGAUUUUGCGACAUGGUACCAGGAAGUUGUACUGAAGGCCGAGCUGGUGGAAUACUACACCGAGAUCUCGGGUUUCUUCAUCAUGCGCCCAGCAACGAUGUACAUCUGGAACGUCAUCCGGAAGUGGUUCACCGAGCACAUUGAGGAGAUGGGCGUCGAAGAGACAAAUUUUCCCAUGUUCUUAUCGCAGAAGUCACUCGAGAAGGAGAAGGAUCACGUCGAAGGCUUCGCUCCCGAGUUGGCCUGGGUCACCAAGGCUGGUGACAAAAACCUCGAGGUUCCCGUCGCCGUUCGUCCUACCUCCGAGGCCGUCAUGUACCCCUACUACUCCAAGUGGAUCCGCAGCCAUCGCGACCUCCCUCUGCGACUAAACCAGUGGAAUUCGGUCGUCCGAUGGGAAGCAAAGCAAACCACACCUUUCUUGCGAGCGAGAGAGUUCUUGUGGCAAGAGGGUCACACUGCUCACUUGACGGAGAAGCUUGCUGGAGAAGAGGUUUUGGAGAUUCUCGAGCUAUACGCUGGCGUUUACGAACAACUCUUGGCCGUCCCCGUCGUCAGGGGUAAGAAGACCGAGAAUGAGAAGUUCGCUGGCGGCUACUACACAACGACUGUGGAAGGCUAUAUCCCGUCCAAUGGACGAGGUAUCCAGGGUGCCACGUCGCAUUGUCUGGGGCAGAACUUCAGUAAGAUGUUUGACAUCACCGUGGAGGACCCAGCGGAGAAGGGAAAGCAUAUUCACGUCUGGCAAAACUCCUGGGGUCUCUCAACUCGUGUCAUCGGUGUCAUGGUUAUGAUUCACGGAGAUGAUAAGGGCCUGGUCCUUCCCCCUCGCAUUGCCAAGACCCAGUGCAUCAUCAUCCCCGUGGGUAUCACUGCGAAGACCACCCCAGAGGAAAAGACAAAGCACUUUGAACAACUUGCUGAGAUCAAGGCUACCCUCAAGAAAGCCGGUAUCAGAACCGAGGAUGAUCAGAGAGAGGGCUACACCCCGGCCUGGAAGUUCAAUGACUGGGAGCUGAAGGGCGUCCCCCUGCGAAUCGAGUUUGGUCCCAAGGAUGCCGCCAAAGAGGUAGUCAGCUUUGCGCGACGUGAUACCGGAGAGAAGGGGACCAUCCCCAUCGCCGAGCUCACCACCAAAGUUCCCGAGCUGCUUUCAACAAUUCAGGCCGAUAUGUACAAGAAGGCCGAGAAGUCCUUCGACGAGCACCGUGUUGUCAUCGAGGACUGGGCCGAAGUUGUUCCCGCCUUGAAUGCCAGGAACGUGGUCCUCAUUCCUUUCUGUCUCGACGGUAAGUGCGAGGACAAAAUAAAGGAGCUGACGACCGGCCAACAUGACGAAAACCCGGAUACAUCCGUUCCCCAGGCUCCUUCGAUGGGCAUGAAGAGCUUGUGCAUCCCCUUCAAGCAGCCCAAGGAGGUGGCCCAGGGAACGAAAUGCUUGAACCCGGAGUGCGAGCGUUCCGCCCAGCAGUACGUCAUGUUCGGUAGAAGUUACUAG